GGGGGGGCUCGGCCUCUCGGUGCCGCCCCCGUCCCGCCCCGUCCUGACCCGGCUGUCCCCAGCGCUGUCCCCGCCGUCGCCAUGGUGGUCACGCUGGGCUACUGGGACAUCCGCGGGCUGGCCCACGCCAUCCGCCUGCUGCUGGAGUACACCGGGACCCCCUACGAGGAGCGGCAGUACAGCCCCGGGCCAGCUCCAAACUUUGACCCAAGCGACUGGACCAACGAGAAGGAGAAGCUGGGCCUCGAUUUCCCCAACCUCCCCUAUCUCAUCGAUGGCAGCACCAAGCUGACCCAGAGCAACGCCAUCCUGCGCUACAUCGCCCGCAAGCACAACAUGUGCGGGGAGACGGAGGAGGAGAAGCUGCGCGUGGACAUGCUGGAGAACCACCUGAUGGAUCUGCGCAUGAGCUUCGCCCGGCUCUGCUACAACCCCGACUUUGAGAAGCUGAAGCCGGCGUACCUGGAGCAGCUGCCGGGGAAGCUGCGGGAGCUGUCGCGGUUCCUGGGCUCCCGGGCCUGGUUUGCUGGGGAGAAGCUCACCUUCGUCGACUUUUUGGCGUAUGACGUGCUGGACCAGCACCGCAUGUUUGUCCCCGAUUGUCCUGAGCUGCAGGGCAACCUGGGCCAGUUCCUGCAGCGCUUCGAGGUGAGCGGGGACACCCCAGUGUCCCCAGCCCCGUCCUGUCCCCAUGCCUGUCCCCAUCCCCGUCCCCAACCCCAUCCCAUCCUGUCCCUGUCCCCACCCCUGUCCCAUCCCUGACCCUGUCCCCAUCCCUGUC